AUGGCAUCCCGAAGGGAGGAAAAAAAGACGCAGAUUGUGGACGAAAGGAUGUUAUCGGACCUGUCCAAUCGCUGCUGGUGUGUAUCUAGCGUGUCCGUGAGGUCUCAUCCGUUUCCACCGCCAUCGUCAUACAUAUCGCACAGAUAUCUUGGAGGCAAGUAUGUAUUAUACUUGUACAAUAAAAAUAGUACAAUGAAACAAUAAAUAUCAAUUGUAAAUUACAUCCAAUGAAUACAAUAUUUAACCUCUUGACGUGCCACGCAAGCUGUUAAAAAUUUUUUGUCCCAAAAGUAUAAGACAAAACAAAUAAUAAAUAUAUUACUUCUUAGUAAUUUCUGUUCAUUUGUGAUAUCAUACCGACGGUAG